GCUGCCUGUGUGCCUGUCUCUCUGCUGCCACCACCCCCACCUGGCUUUCUGUCUGUGUGUGACUGUGAAACAAUGGUCUGGGCCUUUGUUGACCUCAUGCUUGAGGGUUCCUCGCAUGCAUGGCACAGAAUUUGAGAUUUGGCUCUUUGGACUCCCUGGCCUGGUGGUCAAUGGCAAAAAUGUCUCAGUCCUCCACUCUGGGGCUGCACAGCUGAAUGAUAUGCUGAUUGCUGUGCAAAAAUCUGCCUUGCUUAAAUGCCAGAGGUAUUUCUGAUCAUGCAAAUUCAGUAUGCAUCAGACAUUCUGGCAGGAAGACAGGCCCUGGAGAUGCCAUGGCUGCCUGUCUGAUGAGAUCAGGUCCCACACUGCAGCAGCUGAAGUUCUCCAGAAUGAUGGUGACUUCUCACCAUGUCUGAGUGCUGUGUCAGCUGAGCUGAUAUCUGCAGUAUGGAGAGUGCCUUGGUUGCAUCAUACUCCUCUCAAUGGCUCUUGCAAAUCCUGCAUGAACUCCACCCACUCUUUUCUUGCCUGGCCAACUGCAGCAGGAUGUGUAUCUGUUGGGUGUACUGGCAGGCAGACAGACCCUGGAGGUUGCCAUGACUGGCUGGCCAGACCUGGUGUCCCUGACCACAAACCCAGAAUCUAGUCUUUCAUUGGCUGUCAGUUCAGGGACAUCAUCCUGCGCCAAAGCAAGCAGAGUUUGCCAGCAUGGAAGUGCUGUUCAUCUACAAAUCUGAGCAAUACAUGCUGCUCUUGCGGCACACAAUGUGCCAUGAUGAUCACAACUGGGGUGCAGUGGUGUUACAUUACAUUGUUGUAUGGCUGGAUGGACUUGGGGGAAGAGAGUGAGUGUUCUGUGAAUGCCCAGAUUGCCUGAUUGACAGCCCUGUAGGUUGUCAAAAUUCAAUAAAGGAGCUGGUGUUUGCACUGUCAGUGGCAGCCAGACAACCCUCAGCUCAGCUGAGCAGUUCAAUUGCAUUCUUUCACUAUACAGUUUGUCAACUACACUCCCUCCAAUUCUGAACCCAAAACUGCUCUUAUGUUCCCCCACAAGUUUGCUUCUGCUCUGACUUCUGCUUCUGCAUUACUGCCCCUUAAACUCUAUUUUCAGCACUGUGAUCUCCUGCCUGUGAACCUGUCUUCUUGCUCUGAAUCUCUUCUUCCUCUCCUUAUUGCAUGCUCUCUGUCUGUGCCACAAGCAUUUUCUGUGGUCCCUGCACUGCCAACAUCAUAUCUACUGCUGGCCCCCCUACCUUCAUGGAUCUCAGAGAGCUUGUCCUCCAGAGACUGUAAAUGAAGCCAAGGUGGUGGCCUGGAUUGCCCACUGAAUGACUUUGACAGGGAAUUUAUUGAGAAUGGUAUUGUCAGCAUACCUGAUAACAAUAAUGAGAGUAUUGUGGAUUCAACUACUAA